AUGAACUUUCCACCAUCUUCACCUUUGCUCGACAGAGAUGUUAAGCAUGAAUUAGUUGAGAAGGUUGUUGUUUAUCCUACACCGCAUCCUUCGUCGACAACUGGAAGAGAGUCUUCACCUGCUCCCUUGGAGAAGAGUCGCAAGGCUCUCCUGAAGAUAAACUUCAAUUCUAAGGAGAAUAAAGAUUUUGAUAUUUUGUUGCCACGUAAGGAGAUUAUGCUGAUCCCGUUAAGCAAUGAUUCUAACGGCUGCAUUCUGAUAGGUAGAUCCUCUAAGUCUUGUGAUUAUUGCCUAUCGAAGAAAGAUAAAACCAUAUCUAGAGUGCAUUUGUCAAUCAUCUAUAGUUCAGAGCAAAUUAUCAUUCACUGUAUUGGAUUUAACGGUUUUGCAAUAAAAAUUCCUAGGACAUGCUUGAUUUACUCAACAAGUAUUAAAAAUAACUAUAUUAUUUACGAGAGUGAUAAACCACUUAAGGAGCAUAAACCUAUCGAUUCCAAAACUAUCAAAUUGGCUCCUGGAGUGACUGAGUUUUGCGUAAGCAAAGAUGAGUCGAUUACAUUGCCUAGGUUCCAUAAUGUUGUUAUUGAAAUACGGGGUAAACUAAUUUUGUUGAAUCCCUUAGAAGAGGAGGAUGACUACGAUGAUGAUGUCGUGGAAGUAGAAACAGCCACUCCUACGAGAGUUAUUCACAAUGACACUCCAAAAGCUCCCGUCAAGUUGCUUAAAGAUAUGGCUGAUGAUUUAACCCCAAGUAGACCACCUAAAACUUUCAAAAUUCACCAAGAUGAUACAUCUAAUGAUCAAGGCAACUACAAAGAGAUAUCCAAGACUGAACGGGAAACUUCAAAUGCCAUCCUUAGGGAUCCUAAGCCAUUAGAUGACAAGACGAACAUGAAAAGGAAGAAGAAAGUAGAUGCAAGCAAAGAUCCAAAAAGGCAAAAACCAAAUCAAUCUUGUAUAGUUGAUAUCUCCAAUAUUUCUGAGAUCAACAAUAUUUUGAUCAACCAUCUAGCAUUCUCAAGAUUAUCAUCAACACCUGCUUCAUUUUUGAAUAGUAUCAGUGCAGUUACAUCUAAAUUGACGUUAGAGCAAAUAAGAGUUGUUUUGCAUAAUAUUAAAUCUAUUGGAACUAUUUACAGGGAGGGAAAAGACGCUGCUGGGAAACCGCUCGACGAAGAAUAUUAUUACAUGCCUGAGAACGAUGAUGAUAUAGAUCGUGUCGAAUUAGUUCAAAGUAUUAGGGGUCAUGGAGGAUUGAGGUCAUGCAGAAAAACACACAAACAAUACUAUUGGAAGAAGCCUUCAAAAAAGUGA